UUUAUUGUCAAAAAGAAAUGAUGCAUUCACAAUCUUAACUAGAAUUCUCAAAAAGACUUUUCUUGGUUCAGUUUCAAGAAUCAAAAGAAUCGCAAAUGGAAGAAGAAAACCUUUCUUUGUACGCCAUGAUCCUAUCAAGCUUCUCUGUUCUUCCUAUGGUUCUGAAGACAUCCAUAGAUCUUGGCCUCUUCGACAUCCUAUGCGAAUCUGGCCCUUCUUCUCCUCUCUCUGCUUCUCAGAUCAUGUCUCUCUUGUCUACUCAAACACAGCAAAACCGUGAUUCAACUUUACUCAAUCGGAUUCUUCGAUGUCUAUCCAGCUAUACCAUACUCACGUGCUCUGUUUCCACUGUCCAAGGUGAGCCAUGUGAGGUCUACGGCUUAGCUCCUGUUGCCAAGUACUUCACCAAGAACCAAGGUGUAGGUGGCUCGUUAGCUCCGUUGGUUAAUCUGUUUCAGGACAAGGUCGUGAAUGACAUCUGGUACCACCUUAAAGAUUCUGUUCUUGAAGGAGAACUUCCAUUCAACAGGGCUCAUGGUUCAAGUGCGGUCGAGUUGGUAGGCAGAGAUUCAAGAUUCAGAGAAGUGUUCCAAACCUCCAUGAAAGGUUUCAAUGAAGUUUUCAUGGAAGAAUUUGUGAAUAAUUACAAGGGUUUUGAUGGUGUGAAGUCACUGGUUGAUGUUGGUGGUGGAGAUGGCUCUAUUCUCCGUAAAAUAAUCUCCAAGAAUACUCACGUCAUCAAAGCUAUUAAUUUUGACUUGCCCUCUGUCAUCAACACUUCAUCAGUUUCUCCAGGCAUUGAGAAUGUUGCUGGGGACAUGUUUACAAGCGUUCCUAAAGGAGAAGCCAUUUUCAUGAAGUGGAUACUCCAUAGCUGGGACGAUGAACAUUGCGUGAAGAUACUCAGCAACUGUCAUCAAUCCCUACCGCCGACUGGUAAGAUGAUUGUGAUCGAUAUGGUAGUCCCGGAUUUUCCAGAAGAUACACUCUUAGACAGAAGCUUGUUUCAGUUUGAAAUGUUCAUGAUGAGCAUGAACCCAUCUGGGAAAGAAAGAACAAAGAAAGAAUUCGAGGUCUUAGCUCGCCUAGCUGGAUUUUCUAGUGUCCAAGUUCCAUUUACAUUUCUCUGUUUCUCUGUCGUUGAAUUCCACAAGAGUGCAUGAUAUCCCCUAUAUAUUAUUUGGUGUUAUAAUCCAUCGUAUGGAUUGUGUGGAUUGCUCAUAACCAAGACCAAGGAGGUUUACAUCCGACCCGUCUAUCCGACCUGUCUACAUUCCGUCCGAGACUUGUCAAGAUGAAGACCCAUUCAACCGAAGCAUUUAUGAGCUUUGACCAAGUCUUGAUAUUGUAUUGAAUGUAGUUAAAGUGUAUUCAUUGUGUAGAUUCUCUUUGAUGUAAAACCUUAUGUGACAACCACUAUAUAUAAGUGACAAGAGCUAAUGAGAAAGACACAACUUUCACAGCAA